AUGAUGAAAACGAAAACAGUUGAGAGAUCUACAACACUCAAGGAUACCACAUCAGACCAGUCCACAACAGUUGUGGAUACUACAACAGGUGACCAUACCACAACAGUGGUGGAUACUACAACAGGUGACCAGACGACAUCAGUGGUGGAUAAAACAACCCGUGAAAAAACCACAACUGUGAUGGAUACCACAACAGGUAACCAGACCGCAACGGUGGUGGAUACUACUACAUCUAGGACAACACCUGACCACUCUACCACCGGAAUAGAUACCACAAGACCUAAACAAUCGACAGUAGUGAUGGAUACUACAACAACUGACGAGUCUACAACUGUGUUGGAUAAGAUAACAUCCUAUCAGUAUACAUCUGUAAUGGAUACCACAGCACCUGAUCAGUCUACCACAAUGAUAAAUACCACAAAAGCUGGUCAGUCUACCACAAUGAUAGAUACCACAAAAUCUGGUCAGUCUACCACAGUAAUGGAUCCCACAACAGCCGAUCAGUCUACCACAGUGAUAGAUACCACAACAGCUGAUCAGUCUACCACAGUAAUAGAUACCACAACACCGGACCACCCUUCCACAGUGAUGGAUACCACAACAGCUGGUCAGUCUACCACAGUGAUAGAUACCACAACAGCUGGUCAGUCUACCACAGAGACGGAUACUACAACACCUGAGCAGUCUAACACAGGGAUAGAUACCACAACACCUGACCAGUCUACCACCGUAAGAGAUACCACAACAGCUGGUCAGUCUACCACAGAAAAAGAUACCGCAACACCUGAUAAGUCUACCAUACUAAUGGAUAUCACAACACCUGAUCAGUCUACCAGAGUGAUAGAUACCACAACAUCUGACCACCCUACCAGAGUCAUAGAUACCACAACAGCUGGUAAGUCUACCACAGUGAUACAUGCCACGACAGCUGACCACACUACCACAGUGAUCGAUACCACAACAGCUGACCAGUCUACCACAGUUAUGGAUACUACAACACCUCACCAGUCUACCACAGUAAUGCAUACCACAACACCUAAGCAGACUACCACAGUAAUAGAUACCACAACACCUGACAAGUCUCCCACAGUAAUAGACACCACAAGAGCUGAGCAGUCUACCAGAGUGACAGAUACCACAAUGCCAAAUCAGUCUACCACAGUGACAGAUACCACAAUACCGAACCAGUCUACCACAGUGCCAGACACCACAAUACUAAACCAGUCUACAACAGUGCCGGAAACCACAACACCUGACCAGUCUACCACAGUAAUAGAUACCACAACACCUGACAAGUCUCCCACAGUAAAAGACACCACAACAGCUGAGCAGUCUACCACAGUGACAGAUACCACAAUACCAAAUCAGUCUACCACAGUGACAGAUACCACAAUACCGAACCAGUCUACCACAGUGCCAGACACCACAAUACUAAACCAGUCUACAACAGUGCCGGAAACCGCAACACCUGACCAGUCUACCACAGUGAUGGAUACCACAACACCUGCUGAUCAGUCUACCACAGUGAUGAAUACCACAACACCUGGUCAGUCUACCACAGUGAUGGAUACCACAACAACUGGUAAGUCUACCACAGUGAUCGAUACCACAGCAGCUGGUCCGUCUACCACAGUGAUUGAUACCACAACACCUGCUCAGUCCACCACAGUGAAAGAUACCAAAACACCUGAAAAGUCUACCACAGUGAUCGAUACCACCACAACUGGCCAGUCUACCACAGUGAUAGAUACCACAACAGCUGACCAGUCUACCACAGUGAUGGAUACCAUAACAGAUGGCCAGUCUACCACAAUGAUGGAUACCACAAUACUUGACCAGUCUACCACAAUGUUGGAUACCACAAAACCUCACCAGUCUACCACAGUAAUGGAAACAACAACACCUCAACAGUCUACCACAGUGAUGGAUACUACAACAGCUGGUCAGUCUACCACAGUCAUAGUUACCACCACUGCUGGUCAGUCUACCACAGUCUUAGAUACCACUGCAACUGACCAGUCUACCACAGUGAUCGAUACCACAACACCUGGUCAGUCUACCACAGCGAUAGAUACCACAACACCUGAACAGUCUACCACAGUGAUCGAUACCACCACAGCUGGCCAGUCUACCACAGUCUUAGAUACCAAAGCAGCUGACCAGUCUAACACAGUGAUGGAAAGCACAACAACUGAACAGUUUACCACAGUAAUAGAUACCACAACAGCUGGCCAGUCUACCACAGUCAUGGGUGCCACGACACCUAAAAAGUCUACCACGGUGAUGUAUACCUCAACACCUGACCAGUCUAACACAGUGAUCGAUACCACCACAGCUGGUCAGUCAACCACACUGUUGGAUACCACAACAGCUGACCAGUCUUCCACAACACCUCAACAGUCUACCACAGUGAUGGAUACUACAACAGCUGGUCAGUCUACCACAGUCAUACAUACCACCACAGCUGCUCAGUCUACCACAGUCUUAGACACAACAGCAACUGACCAGUCUACCACAGUAAUGCACAGCACAACACCUGAACAGUCUACCACAGUGAUGGAUACCACAACAGCUGGUCAGUCCACCAUAGUCAUAGAUGGCACGACAGCUGACCAGUCUGCCACAGUAAUGGAUACCACAACUGCUGACCAGUCUACCACAGUCAUACGUACCACAACAUUUGGCCAGUCUCCAACACUGAUAGAUACCACAACAGCUGACCAGUCUACCACAGUGAUCGAUACCACCACAGCUGGUCAGUCAACCACACUGUUGGAUACCACAACAGCUGACCAGUCUAACACAGUAAUGGAUACCACAACACCUGACAAGUCUACCACAGUCAUAUAUACCAUAACAGUUGGCCAGUCUACCACAGUGAUAGACACUACAAAAGCUGACAAGUCUACAACAGUGAUGGAUACCACAACGGCUGACCAGUCUACCACAGUGAUGGAUACCACAACAACUGCCCAUUCUACCACAGUAUUCGAUACCACCACAGCUGGUCAGUCUACCACACUGCUGGAUAGCACAAUAGCCGACAAGUCCACCACAGUGAUGGAUACCACAACACCUGCCCAGUCUACCACAGUAAUCGAUACCACCACAGCUGGUCAGUCAACCACACUGAUGGUUACCACAACAGCUGACCAGUCUUCCACAGUGAUGGAUACCACAACACCUGACCAGUCUACCACAGUGAUAUAUACCUCAACACCUGACCAGUCUACCACAGUUAUCGAUACCACCACAGCUGGUCAGUCAACCACACAGUUGGAUACCACAACACCUCACCAGUCUACCACAGUAAUGCAUACCACAACACCUCACCAGUCCACCACAGUGAUGGAUACUACAACAACUGCUCAGUCCACCACAGUCAAAGAUACCAGCACAGCUGGUCAGUCUACCAAAGUCUUAGAUACCACAGCAGCUGACCAGUCUACCACAGUGAUGCAUAGUGUAACACCUAAACAGUCUACCACAGAGAUGGAUACCACAACAGCUGGUCAGUCUACCACAGUGAUGGAUACCACAACAGCUGGUCAGUCUACCACAGUCAUGAAUGCCACGACAGCUGACCAGACUACCACAGUGAUGUAUAUCGCAACACCUGACCAGUCUACCACAGUGAUCGAUACCAACACAGCUGGUCAGUCAACCACACUGUUGGAUACCACAACACCUGAACAGUCUACCACAGUGAUGGAUACCAUAACACCUUACCAGUCUACCACAGUGAUCGAUACCAACACAGCUGGUCAGUCAACCACACUGUUGGAUACCACAACACCUGAACAGUCUACCACAGUGAUGGAUACCACAACACCUUACCAGUCUACCACAGUGAUCGAUACCACCACAGCUGGUCAGUCUGCCACACUGUUGGAUACCACAACAGCUGACCAGUCUAAGACAGUGAUGGAUACCACCACAGCUGACCAGUCUACCACAGUGAUAGAUACAACAACACCUGCCAAGAUUACCACAAUCAUGGAUGCCACGACAGCUGACCAGUCUACCACAGUGAUGUAUACCUCAACACCUGACCAGUCUACCACAGUGAUGUAUACCUCAACACCUGACCAGUCUACCACAGUGAUCGAUACCACCACAGCUGGUCAGUCAACCACACAGUUGGAUACCACAACACCUCACCAGUCUACCACAGUGAUGGAUACCACAACACCUCAUGAGUCUACCACAGUGAUGGAUACUACAACAGCUGGUCAGUCUACCACAGUGAUGGAUACUACAAGAGCUGCUCAGUCUACCACAGUCAUAGAUACCACCACAGCUGAUCAGUCAACCACACUGUUGGAUACCAAAACACCUUACCAGUCUACCACAGUAAUGGAUACCACAACACCUCACCAGUCAACCACACUGUUGGAUACCACAACAGCUGACCAGUCUACCACAGUGAUGGAUACCACAAAACCUGACCAAUCUACAACAGUGAUGUAUACCUCAACACCUGACCAGUCUACCACAGUGAUCGAUACCACCACAGCUGGUCAGUCAACCACACUGUUGAAUACCACAACAGCUGACCAGUCUACCACAGUCAUAGAUACCACAACACGUGGCCAAUCUUCCACAGUAAUACAUACCACAUCAGCUGACCAGUCUACAACAGUGAUGGAUACCACAACACCUGACAAGUCUACCACAGUGAUAGAUACCACAACAGUUGGCCAGUCUACCACAGUGAUCGAUACCAACACAGCUGGUCAGUCAACCACACUGUUGGAUACCACAAUACCUGAACAGUCUACCACAGUGAUGGAUACCACAACACCUUACCAGUCUACCACAGUGAUCGAUACCACCACAGCUGGUGAGUCUGCCACACUGUUGGAUACCACAACAGCUGACCAGUCUAAGACAGUGAUGGAUACCACCACAGCUGACCAGUCUACCACAGUAAUAGAUACAACAACACCUGCCAAGAUUACCACAAUCAUGGAUGCCACGACAGCUGACCAGUCUACCACAGUGAUGUAUACCUCAACACCUGACCAGUCUACCACAGUGAUGUAUACCUCAACACCUGACCAGUCUACCACAGUGAUCGAUACCACCACAGCUGGUCAGUCAACCACACAGUUGGAUACCACAACACCUCACCAGUCUACCACAGUGAUGGAUACCACAACACCUCAUGAGUCUACCACAGUGAUGGAUACUACAACAGCUGGUCAGUCUACCACAGUGAUGGAUACUACAAGAACUGCUCAGUCUACCACAGUCAUAGAUACCACCACAGCUGAUCAGUCAACCACAGUGUUGGAUACCACAACACCUUACCAGUCUACCACAGAAAUGGAUACCACAACACCUCACCAGUCAACCACACUGUUGGAUACCACUACAGCUGACCAGUCUACCACAGUGAUGGAUACCACAAAACCUGACCAGUCUACCACAGUGAUGUAUACCUCAACACCUGACCAGUCCACCACAGUGAUCGAUACCAACACAGCUGAUCAGUCAACCACACUGUUGAAUACCACAACAGCUGACCAGUCUACCACAGUCAUAGAUACCACAACAGGUGGCCAAUCUACCACAGUGAUAGAUACCACAUCAGCUGACCAGUCUAACACAGUGAUGGAUACCACAACAGCUGACCAGUCUACCACAGUGAUAGAUACCACAACAGUUGGCCAGUCUACCACAGUGAUAGAUACCACAACAGCUGGCCAGUCCACCACAGUGAAGGAUACCACAACAGCUGACCAGUCUACCACAGUGAUGGAUACCACAACACCUGUCCAGUCUACCAAAUUGAUGGAUACAACAACAGCUGACCAGUCUACCACAGUGAUUGAUACCACAUUACCUGACCAGUCUACCACAGUGAUGGAUACUACAACAGUUGCUGACCAGUCUACCACAGUGAUCGAUACCACAAUACCUGUCCAGUCUACCACAGUGAUGGAUACCACCACAGCUGGUCAGUCAACCACACUGUUGGAUACCACAACAGCUGAUCAAUCUAUCACAGUGAUGGAUACCACAAUACCUGACCAGUCUACAAAGGUCAUAGAUAGCAAAACACCUGACCAGUCUACUACAGUGAUGUAUACCUCAACACCUGACCAGUCUACCACAGCAAUCGAUACCACCACAGCUGGUCAGUCAACCACACUGUUGGAUAAUACAACAGCUGACCAGUCAACCACAUUGAAGGAUACCACAACACCGCACCAGUCUACCACAGUGAUGGAUACUACAAAAGCUGCUCAGUCUACAACAGUCAUAGAUACCACAACAGCUGGUCAGUCAACCACACUGUUGGAUACCACAACAGCUGACCAGUCUACCACAGUGAUGGUUACCACAAGUCUUUACCAGUCUACCACAGUCAUAGAUACCAUAACAGGUGGCCAAUCUACCACAGUGAUAGAUACCACAUCAGCUGACCAGUCUACCACAGUGAUGGAUACCACAACAGCUGACCAGUCUACCACAGUGAUGGAGACCACAACACCUUUCCAGUCUACCACAGUGAUGGAUACUACAACAGUUGGUCAGUCUACCACACUGUUGGAUACCACAACAGCUGACCAGUCAACCACAGUGAUGGAUACCACAACACCUGACAAGUCUACCACAGUCAUAGAUACCACAACAGUUGGCCAGUCUACCACAGUGUUAGAUACCACAACAGCUGGCCAGUCCACCACAGUGAAGGAUACCACAACAGCUGACCAGUCUACCACAGUGACGGAUACCACAACACCUGUCCGGUCUACCAAAUUGAUGGAUACAACAACAGCUGACCAGUCUACUACAGUGACCGAUACCACAAUACCUGACCAGUCUACCACAGUGAUGGAUACCACCACAGCUGGUCAGUCAACCACACUGUUGGAUACCACAACAGCUGACCAGUCUACCACAGUGAUUAAUACCACAAUACCUGAACAGUCUACUAAAGUCAUAGAUAACACAACACCUGACCAGUCUACCACAGUAAUGGAUACCACAACACCUCACCAGUCAACCACAGUUACCAUUACCACCACAGCUGGUCAGUCAACCACACUGUUGGAUACCACAACACCUCACCAGUCUACCACAAUGAUGGAUACCACAAUACCUGACCAGUCUACCAAAGUCAUAGAUAGCACAACACCUGACCAGUCUAGCACAGUGAUGGAUACCACAACACCUGACCAGUCUACCACAGUGAUGUAUACCUCAACACCUGACCAGUCUACCACAGUGAUCGAUACUACCACAGCUGGUCAGUCAACCACACUGUUGGAUACCACAACAGCUGACCAGUCUACCACAGUCAUAGAUACCAUAACAGGUGGCCAAUCUACCACAGUGAUAGAUACCACAUCAGCUGACCAGUCUACAACAGUGACCGAUACCACAACAGCUGACCAGUCUACCACAGUGAUGGAGACCACAACACCUGCCCAGUCUACCACAGUGAUAUAUACUACAACAAUUGGUCAGUCUACCACCCUGUUGGAUACCACAACAGCUGACCAGUCUACCACAUCUACCACAGUGAGCGAUAUCACCACAGCUGGUCAGUCAACCACACUGUUGGAUACCACAACAGCUGACCAGUCUACCACAGUGAAGGAUACCACAACACCUCACAAGUCUACCACAGCUAUGGAUACUACAAGAGCUGCUCAGUCUACCACAGUCAUAGAUAACACCACAGCUGAUCAGUCAACCACACUGUUGGAUACCACAACACCUUACCAGUCUACCACAGUAAUGGAUACCACAACACCUCACCAGUCAACCACACUGUUGGAUACCACAACAGCUGACCAGUCUACCACAGUGAUGGAUACCACAAUACCUGACCAGUCUCCCAAAGUCAUAGAUAGCACAACACCUGACCAGUCUACCACAGUGAUGGAGACCACAACACCUGACCAGUCUACCACAGUGAUCGAUAGCACAACACCUGACCAGUCUACCACAGUGAUGAAUACCUUAACACCCUACGAGUCUACCACAGUGAUGGAUACCACAACACCUGACCAGUCUACCACAGUCAUAGAUACCACAUCUUCCACAAAGAUAGAUACCACAACAGCCGACCACUCUACCACAGAGAUGAAUACCACAACAGUUGGCCAGUACACCACAGUGAUGGAGACCACAACACCUGCCCAGUCUACCACAUCUACCACAGUGAUGGAUACCACCACAGCUGGUCAGUCAACCACACUGUUGGAUACCACAACAGCUGACAAGUCUACCACAGUGAUGGAUACCACAAUAACUGACCAGUCUACUAAAGUCAUAGAUAGCACAACACCUGACCAGUCUACCACAGUAAUGGAUACCACAAUACCUCACCAGUCUACCACAGUGACCGAUACCACAACAGCUGACCAGUCUACCACAGUGAUGGAUACCACAACACCUGACCAGUCUACCACAGUGAUGGAGACCACAACACCUGCCCAGUUUACCACAGUGAUGGAUACCACAACAUUGGGUCAGUCUACCACACUGUUGGAUACCACAACAUCUGCCCAGUUUACCACAGUGAUGGAUACUACAACAUUGGGUCAGUCUACCACACUGUUGGAUACCACAACAGCCGACCAGUCUACUACAGUGAUGGAUACCACAACAGUUGGCCACUCUCCCACAGUGAUAGAUACCACAACAGCUGACCAGUCUACCACAGUGAUGGAUACCACAAUACCUGACCAGUCUACUAAAGUCAUAGAUAGCACAACACCUGACCAGUCUACCACAGUAAUGGAUACCACAACACCUGACCAAUCUACCACAGUAAUGGAUACCACAACACCUGAACAGUCUACCACAGUGAUGUAUACCUCAACACCUGACCAGUCUACCACAGUGAUCGAUACCACCACAGCUGGUCAGUCAACCACACUGUUGGAUACCACAACAGCUGACCAAUCUACCACAGUGAUGGAUACCACAACAAUUGGCCAGUCUACCACAGUGUUAGAUACCACAACUGCUGACCAGUCUACCACAGUGAUGGAUACCACAACAGCUGACCAGUCUACCACAGUAAUGGAUACCGCAAUACCUGACCAGUCUACCACAGUGAUGGAUACCAAAACACCUGCUCGGUCUACCACAGUGACCGAUACCACCACAGCUGGUCAGUCAACCACACUGUUGGAUAUCACAACAGCUGACCAGUCUACCACAGUGAUGGAUACCACAACACCUGACCAGUCUACCACAUCUACCACAGUGAUGGAUACCACAACACCUGACCAGUCUACCACAGUGAUGGAGACCACAACAGUUGACCAGUCUACCACAGUGAUGGAUACCACAACACCUGACCAGUCUACCACAGUGAUGGAUACCACAACACCUGACCAGUCUACCACAGAGAUGGAUACCACAACACCUGACCAGUCUACCACAGUGAUGGAUACCACAACACCUGACCAGUCUACCACAGUGAUCGAUACCACCACAGCUGGUCAGUUAACCACACUGUUGGAUACCACAACAGCUGACCAAUCUACCACAGUGAUGGAUACCACAACAGUUGGCCAGUCUACCACAGUGUUAGAUACCACAACUGCUGACCAGUCUACCACAGUGAUGGAUACCACAACAGCUGACCAGUCUACCACAGUAAUGGAUACCACAAUACCUGACCAGUCUACCACAGUGAUGGAUACCAAAACACCUGCUUGGUCUACCACAGUGACAGAUACCACCACAGCUGGUCAGUCAACCACAUUGUUGGAUAUCACAACAGCUGACCAGUCUACCACAGUGAUGGAUACCACAACACCUGACCAGUCUACCACAGUUAUGGAUACCACAACACCUGACCAGUCUACCACAGUUAUGGAUACCACAACACCUGACCAGUCUACCACAGUGAUGGAUACCAAAACACCUGCUCGGUCUACCACAGUGACCGAUACCACCACAGCUGGUACAACGCAGCCCUACGCUCUAAUAGACACAAGUACAUCUGGACAUCAUGCAACAGUUACUACGAUACAUACAACAACAUCCAAGCAGGCUUCACUGGUGAUGAACAUCACAAAAGAUGACCAGUCCACAACGCCGACGACAGAAAUAUAUCCGUCCAGAAGAAAACCGGAUACCACGAGGUAUGGCCAGUCUACAACAAUAAUGGACACCACAACAUCUAGUCAGAUUGAAACAAUGCAUACCAUCACCGCUGGUCAGUCCACAACAGCAAUGGACACCACAACAACUGGCAAGCCUAUAACAAUAAUGAACACCACAACACCUAGUCAUUCCAUAGCAAUCCAUACCACCACUGGUUACCAGGCAACCUCUUUGAUGGACAUGAAAACAGGUCAUAAAACCACAACUGUAUUAGAUAUCACAAUAUUAGACCAAAAACCUGUGAUGGAUACAAAAAUAAAUGACCAGACCACAGCAGUUAUGGAUACCACAACAGUUGACCAGCCCACUACAAUGAUGGGUACUACAACUGGUGACCAGACAACAACAGUUAUGGAUACCACAACAGUUGACCAGCCCACAACAAUGAUGGGUACUACAACUGGUGACCAGCCCACUACGAUGAUGGAUACCACAACAGCUGACCAGCUCACUACAAUGAUGGGUACUACAACUGGUGACCAGCCCACUACGAUGAUGGGUACCACAACUGGUGACCAUCCCACUACGAUGAUGGGUACCACAACUGGUGACCAGCCCACUACGAUGAUGGGUACCACAACUGGUGACCAGCCCACUACGAUGAUGGGUACCACAACUGGUGACCAGCCCACUACGAUGAUGGAUACCACAACAGCUGACCAGCUCACUACAAUGAUGGGUACUACAACUGGUGACCAGACAACAACAGUUAUGGAUACCAUAACGGUUGACCAGCCCACUACAAUGAUGGGUACCACAACAGUUGACCAGCCCACUACGAUGAUGGAUACCACAACAGCUGACCAGCCCACUACAAUGAUGGGUACUACAACUGGUGACCAGACAACAACAGUUAUGGAUACCACAACAGCUGACCAGCCCACUACAAUGAUGGGUACCACAACUGGUGACCAGCCCACUACGAUGAUGGGUACCACAACUGGUGACCAGCCCACUACGAUGAUGGGUACCACAACUGGUGACCAGCCCACUACGAUGAUGGGUACUACAACUGGUGACCAGCCCACUACAGUGAUGGAUACCACAUCAAGUGACCAGAUAACAACAGUGAUAGAUAUCACAACAGGUGACCAGAAAACAACAGUGAUAGAUACCACAACAGGUGACCAGAUCACAACCGCCAUGGACACCAACAAAGGAGACACAACCAAAACUGUAAUGGAUAUCACAACAGGUGACGAGAUCACAACAGUGAUGGAUACCACAACAGGUGACCAGGUCACAACUGUGAUUAAUACCACAAAAGGUAAACAGACAACAACAGUGGUGGAUACCACAAAAGACGGCAAGACCACAAAUGCAAUGGACAAAACCACAAAUGUAAUAGAUACCACAAAAAGUAACCAGAUCACAACUGCGAUGGAUACCAACCCAGGGGACACAACCACAACUGUACUGGAUAUCACAACAGGUAACCAGAUCACAACUGCAAUGGACAACACCACAGGUGGCCAGCCCACAACAGCAGUGGAUACCACAGGCGGUGAUCAGACCACAUCUGUAAUGCCUAUAACAUCAGGUGCCCAGACCAUCACAAUAAUACAUACCACAACAGGGGAUAAGGCCACAUCGGGGAUGGAUACUACAACGGGUAACCACACCACAAGUGUGAUCGAUACAAAAACAGCUGAAGAGACCACAUCGGUAAUGGCUAACACUGCAGGAGACAGGACCACAACUGUAAUUUCUACCACAACAGAUGACAGGUCCACCACGUUAAUGGAUACCACAACAGAUGACAGGCCCACCACGUUAAUGGAUACCACAACAGGGGAGAAGAAUACAUCUGUGAUGGAUAUCACAACAGCUGACCAGACAAUGAUAGUAAAGGAUGAAACCGCAGCUGACCAGACCACAACUGUAAUGGACAUCACAAGAGGUGACCAAUACAAAACAGUAAUGGAUACCACAGUAGGUGAACAGACCACAUCUGUAUUGCCUACCACAAGAGGUGACAUAACCACAACUGUAAUGGAUACCACAACAGGGGAGAAGACUACAUCUGUAAUGCCUACCACAAGAGAAGAAGCAACCACAACUGUGAUGUAUACCACAAAAGAGGAGAUAACCAAAUCUGUAAUGGAUACCACAUCAGGUGACCAGACCAUAUCUGUAAUGGCUACCAGUGCAGGUGAAAGGGCCACAACUAUUAUAGAUGCAUCAGCUAGCCAGACAAAAACUGUGAUCAAUACCACAACAGGCAACCAAAAAACAACUGUAAUACAUACCUCAACAGCUGGUCACACCACAACUGUAAUAGGUAAAACAACACAUGAUCAGACCACUCCAAAAAUGGAUACCACAACAGUAGACAAAACCACAUCUGUAAUGGAUACCAUAACAGGCAACCAAACCACAACUGUGAUGGAUACCACAAAAGCUGACCAGACCAAAUCUGUAAUGGCUACCAGUGCAGGUGACAGAAACACGACUAUGAUGGAUCACACAACAGGUGACCAGGCCACAACUGUAAUGGAUAAAACAUUAGCUGACCAAACCACAUCUAUCAUGGCUACCAGUAUAGGUGACAUGACCACAACUAUGAAGGAUGCCACAACAGAUGACCAUGCCACAACUGUGAGGGAUAUCUCAACAGGUGACCGAACCACAAUUUUCACUGAUACCACAGGAGCUGACAAGACCACAUCUGUAAUGCCUACCACAGCAGGUGACAAGACCACAACCAUGAUAGAUGCCACAACAGGUGACCAGGUCACAACUGUAAUAGAUACCUCAACAGGUAACCAGGCCACAACAGUGAUAAAUGCCGCAACAGUUGACAAAACCACAUCUAGAAUCGAUAUCACAACAGGUAACAAUUCCACGACUGUAAUAGCCACCACAACACCUGGCCAGACUACAACUGUAAUACCUGCCACAACGGAUAACAGGACCACCACUGUAAUGAAUACCACAACAGGGGAGAAAACCACAUCUGUGAUGGAUACCACAACAGCUGACCAGACCACAAAUGUGAUGGAUGCCACCACAGCUAAUCAGGCCACAACUGUUAUCAAUAUUAUAACAGACAACCAAACCACAACUGAAAUAAAUACCACAACAACUGACCAGACCAAAACUGCAAUAGGUUACACAACAUUUGACAAAACAAAAUCUCUGAUGGAUACCACAUCAGAUAAGCAGACUACAACUGUGAUAGAUACCACAACAGCUGCCCAGACCACAACUUUGAUCGAUACCACAAUAGGCAACCAAACCACAACUGUAAUAGAUAAAACAACAGCUGGCCAAACCACAACUGUAAAAGAUAUCACAACAGCUGGCCAGACCGCAACUGUGAUAGGUAACACAACAACUAAACACACCACUCCAAAGAUGGAUACCACAACAGUAGACCAGGCAACAAUUGUAAUGGAUACAACAACAGAUGACCAGACCACAUCUGUAAUACCUACCACAACAGAUUACCAGACCACAUCUGUAAUAGCUACAACAACAGACGAAAAAAUCACAUCUGUAAUGCCUACCACAACAGAUGAUCAGACCACAUCUGUAAUGGCUACCAGUGCAGGUGAUAGAACCACAACUAUGAUGGAUGCAACAACAGGUGACCAAACUGCAAUUGUGAUGGAUAACACAACAGCUCACCAAACCAGAUCUGUAAUGGCUACAAGUGUAGGUGACAGGAUUACGACUAUUAUGGAUGCCACAACAGGUAAACAGGCCACAGAUGUAAUGGAUAUCACAAUAGGUGACCACACCAAAUCUGUAAUGGCUACCACAACAGAUGAACAGACCACAUCUGUAAUGAACAUAACAACAGGGGAGAACACCACAUCUGUGACCACAGCAAGUGACAACACUACAACCAUGAUGGAUGCCACAACAGGUGAUCUGGUCACAAAUGUAAUGGAUACAACAUUAGGUGACCAGGCCACAACAAUGAUAAAUACCACAACAGUUGACACAACCACAUAUAGGUUCAACACCACAACAGGUAACAAUACCACGACUGUGAUAGACACCAAAACACCUGGCCAGACCACAACUGUCAUGCCUACCACAACAUAUGACAGGACCACCACUGUAAUGGAUAUCAAAAUUGUAAUAGAUACCACAACACCUCAACAGACCACUCCAAUCAUGGACAUUACAACAGUAGACAAAACAACAUCUGUAAUGGAUACCAUAAUAGGUGAUCACGCCACAACAGUGAUAAACACCACAACAGGGAAGAACACCACAUUUGUGACCACAGCAAGUGAAAAGACUACAACCAUUAAGGAUGCCACAACAGGUGACCAGGUCACCACUCUAAUAGAUACCACACCAGGUGACCAGGCCACAACACUGAUGAAUACCACAACAGUUGACAGAACCACAUCUAGGAUCGAUAUCACAACAGGUAAAAAUCCUACGACUGUGAUACACACCACAACAGAUGGCCAGAACACAAAUGUAACACCUUCCACAACAGAUGACAGGACCAACUCUGAAUUAGAUACCACAACAUGGGAGAAGACCACAUCUGCAAUGCAUACCAAAACAGCUGACCAGACCACAAAUAUGACGGAUGUCACCGCAGCUAGCCAGACCACAACUGUAAUCCAUACCACAACAGGCAACCAAACCACAACAACUGGCCAGACCACAAUUGUCAUACCUGCCACAACAGAUGAGAAGACCACCACUGUUAUGCAUACAAAAACACGGGAGACCACAUCUGUGAUGACUACAACAACAGCUGACCAGACCACAAAUGUGAUGAAUACCACCACAGCUGACCAGGCCACAGCUGUGAUCGAUACUACAACAGGCAACCAAACCACAACUGUAAUACAUACCACAACAGCUGGCCAGACCACAACUGUGAUAGAUACCACAACAGGUGACCAAACCAAAACAAUGAUAGAUAUCACAACAGCUGGACAGACCACAACUGUAAUAAAUGUACCAACAGGUGACCAGACCACAUCUGUAAUGGCUAUUACUGCAGGUAACAGGACCACGACUACGAUGGACCCCUCAGCAGGUGACCAGGACACAACUGUGAUGGAUACCAAAACAGAUAACCAAACCGAAAAUGUGCUGAAUAACACAACAGCUGACAAGAACACACCUGUAAAAGCUACCAGUGCAGGUGACAGGACCACGACUGCAAUGGAUGCCACAAUACUUGAUCAAACCACAAAUAUGAUGGAUAAGACAACAGCUGACCUAAACCAAUCUGUAAUGGCUACCAGUGCAGGUGGCAGGACAACGACUGCAACGUAUGCCACAACAGGGGAGAAGACCGCAUCUGUGAUGGAUACCACAACAGCUGACCUGAACACAUCUGUAAUGGCUACCAAUGCAGGUUUCAGGACCACGACUGCAACAGAUGCCACAACAGGGGAGAAGACCGCAUUUGUGAUGGAUACCACAACAGCUGACAACAACACAUCUGUAAUGGCUACCAGUGCAGGUAACAGGACCACGACUGCAACGUAUGCCACAACAGGGGAGAAUACCGCAUCUGUGAUGGAUACCACAACAGCUGACCAGAACACAAUUGUAAUAGCUACCAGUGCAGGUGACAGGACCACAACUGUAAUAGAUGCCAUAAGAGGGGAGAAAACGACAUCUGUAAUGGACACCACAACAGCUGACCAGACUACAACCAUUAUGGAUGCCACCACAGCUGACCAGACCACAACUGUAAUACCUACCACAACAGGCAAACAAACCACAACUGUGAUAGAUACAACAACAGCUGGCAACACCACAACUCUGAUCGAUACAACAACUGCCAAACAAAGCACAACUGUCAUUCAUACCACAACAGCAGGUCAUACCACAACUAUGAUAGGUAACACAACACCUGAACAGACCACUCCAAUGAUGGAUACCACAACAGUACACAAAACCACAUCUGCAAUGGAUACCAUAACAGGUAACCAAACCAAGAGUGUGAUAAAUACCACAACAGCAGGCCAAACCACAACUGUAAUAGAUACCACAACAGCAGGCCAGAUCACAUCUGUGAUAGGUAACACAACACCUGAACAGACCACUCCAAUGAUGGAUACCACAACAGUACACAAAACCACAUCUGCAAUGGAUACCAUAACAGGUAACCAAGCCAAGACUGUGAUAAAUACCACAACAGCAGGCCAAACCACAACUGUAAUAGAUACCACAACAGCAGGCCAGAUCACAUCUGUGAUAGGUAACACAACACCUGAACAGACCACUCUAAUGAUGGAUACCACAACAGUAGACAAAACCCCAUCUGCGAUGGACACCAUAACAGGCAACCAAAGCACGACUGUGAUACAUACCACAACAGCUGGUCAAACCGCAACUGUGAUGGAUACCACAUCAGGUGACCAGGCCACAUUUGUAGUAGCUAUUACUGCAAAUGACAGAACCACAACUAUGAUGGAUCCUACAGCAGGUGACAAGGCCACAACUAUGAAAGAUACCACAACAGGUGACCUGGUCACAACUGUAAUAGAUACAACAACAGGUGACAAGGCCACAACAGUGAUAAAUACAGGUGACCUGGUCACAACUGUAAAAGAUACAACAACAGGUGACAAGGCCACAACAGUGAUAAAUACCACAACAGUUGACAGAACCACAUCUAGGAUCAAUACCACAACAGGUAAAAAUUCUACGACUGUGAUACACACCACAACAGCUGGCCUGAACACAAAUGUAAUACCUACCACAACAGAUGACAGGACCAUCUCUGUAAUGGAUACCACAACAUGGGAAAAGACCACUUCUGCAAUGGAUACCACAACAGCUGACCAGGCCUCAAAUAUGAUGGAUGUCACCACAUCUGGCCAGACCACAACUGUAAUCGAUACCACAACAGGCAACCAAACCACAACAACUGGCCAGACCACAAUUGUAAUACCUGCCACAACAGAUGAGAGGACUACCACUGUAAUGCAUACCAAAACACGGGAGAAGACCACAUCUGUGAUGACUACAACAACAGCUGACCAGACCACAAAUGUGAUGAAUACCACCACAGCUGACCAGGCCACAGCUGUGAUCGAUACUACAACAGGCAACCAAACCACAACUGUAAUACAUACCACAACAGCUGGCCAGACAACAACUGUGAUGGACACCACAACAGGUGACCAAACCAAAACAAUGAUAGAUAUCACAACAGCUGCACAGACCACAACUGUGAUAAAUGCACCAACAGGUGACCAGACCACAUCUGUAAUGCCUACUACUGCAGGUAACAGGACCACGACUACGAUGGACCCCUCAGCAGGUGACCAGGCCACAACUGUGAUGGAUACCAAAACAGAUAACCAAACUGCAAAUGUUAUGGAUAACACAACAGCUGACAAGAACACAUCUGUAAUGACUACCAGUGCAGGUGUCAGGACAACGACUGCAAUGGAUGCCACAACACUUGACCAAACCACAAAUAUGAUGGAUAACACAACAGCUGACCAGAACACAUCUGUAAUGGCUACCAAUGCAGGUGACAGGACCACGACUGCAACAGAUGCCACAACAGGAGAGAAGACCGCAUCUGUGAUGGAUACCGCAACAGCUGACCAGAACACAUCUGUAAUGGCUACCAGUGCAUGUGACAGGACCACGACUGUAAAACAUGCCACAACAGGGGAGAAAACGACACCUGUAAUGGACACCACAACAGCUGACCAGACUACAACCAUUAUGGAUGCCACCACAGCUGACCAGACCACAACUGUAAUACCUACCACAACAGGCAACCAAACCACAACUGUGAUAGAUACAACAACAGUUGGCAACACCACAACUCUGAUCGAUACAACAAUUGCCAAACAAAGCACAACUGUCAUUCAUACCACAACAGCAGGUCAUACCACAACUAUGAUAGGUAACACAACACCUGAACAGACCACUCCAAUGAUGGAUACCACAACAGUACACAAAACCACAUCUGCAAUGGACACCAUAACAGGUAACCAAACCAAGACUAUGAUAAAUACCACAACAGCAGGCCAAACCACAACUGUAAUUGAUACCACAACAGCAGGCCAGAUCACAUCUGUGAUAGGUAACACAACACCUGAACAGACCACUCUAAUGAUAGAUACCACAACAGUAGACAAAACCACAUCUGCAAUGGAUACCAUAACAGGCAACAAAAGCACGACUGUGAUACAUACCACAACAGCUGGUCAAACCGCAACUGUGAUGGAUACCACAUCAGGUGACCAGACCACAUCUAUAGUAGCUACUACUGCAAGUGACAGAACCACGACUAUGAAGGACCCUACAGCAGGUGACCAGGCCACAACUAUGAAAGAUACCACAACAGGUGACCAGGUCACAACUGUAAUAGAUACAACAACAGGUGACCAGGCCACAACAGUGAUAAAUACCACAACAGUUGACACAGCCACAUCUAGGUUCAAUACCACAACAGGUAACAAUACGACUUUGAUAGACACCAAAACACCUGGCCAGACCACAACUGUCAUACCUACCACAACAUAUGACAGGACCACCACUGUAAUGGAUAUCAUAACUGUAAUAGACAACACAACACCUCAACAGACCACUCCAAUCAUGGAUAUUACAACAGUAGACAGAACAACAUCUGUAAUGGAUACCAUAACAGGUGACCAGGCCACAACAGUGAUGAAUACCACCACAGGAAAGAACACCACAUCUGUGACCACAGCAAGUGACAAGACUACAACCAUGAUGGAUGCCACAACAGGUGACCUGGUCACAAAUGUAAUGGAUACCACAACAGGUUACCAGGCCACAACAGUGAUGAAUACCACAACAGUUGACAGAACCACAUCUAAGAUCGAUACCACAACAGGUAAAAAUUCUACGACUGUGAUACACAUCACAACAGAUGGCCAGAACACAAAUGUAACACCAACCACAACAGAUGACAGGACCACCUCUGUAAUGGAUACCACAACAUGGGAGAAGACCACUUCUGCAAUGGAUACCAAAACAGCUAAUCAGACCACAAAUAUAAUGGAUGUCACCACAGCUCGCCAGACCACAACUGUAAUCCAUAACACAAUAGGCAACCAAACCACAACAACUGGCCAGACCACAAUUGUAAUACCUGCCACAACAAAUGAGAGGACUACCACUGUAAUGCAUACCAAAACACGGGAGAAGACCACAUCUGUGUUGACUACAACAACAGCUGACCAGACCACAAAUGUGAUGAAUACCACCACAGCUCACCAGGCCACAGCUGUGAUCGAUACUACAACAAGCAACCAAACCACAACUGUAAGACAUACCACAACAGCUGGCCAGACCACAACUGUGAUAGAUACCACAACAGGGGACAAAACCAAAAAAAUGAUAGAUAUCACAACAGCUGAACAGACCACAACUGUGAUGAAUACUACAACAGUUGACCAGACCACAUCUGUAAUGCCUACUACUGCAGGUAACAGGACCACGACUACGAUGGACCCCUCAGCAGGUGACCAGGCCACAACUGUGAUGGAUACCAAAACAGAUAACCAAACUGCAAAUGUUAUGGAUAACACAACAGCUGACAAGAACACAUCUGUAAUGACUACCAGUGCAGGUGUCAGGACAACGACUGCAAUGGAUGCCACUACACUUGACCAAACAACAAAUAUAAUGGAUACCACAACAGCUGACUUGAACACAUCUGUAAUGGCUACCAGUGCUGGUGUCAGGACCACGACUGCAACAGAUGCCACAACAGGGGAGAAGACCGCAUCUGUGAUGGAUACCACAACAGCUGACCAGAACACAUCUCUAAUGGCUACCAGUGCAGGUGACAGGACCACAACUGUAAUAGACGCCACAACAGGGGAGAAAACGACAUCUGUAAUGGAUACCACAACAGCUGACCAGACUACAACCAUUAUGGAUGCCACCACAGCUGGCCAGACCACAACUGUAAUACCUACCACAACAGGCAACCAAUCCACAACUGUGAUAGAUACCACAACAGUUGGCAACAACACAACUCUGAUCGAUACAACAACUGCCAAACAAAGCACAACUGUCAUUCAUACCACAACAGCAGGUCAUACCACAACUAUGAUAGGUAACACAACACCUAAACAGACCACUCCAACGAUGGAUACCACAACAGUACACAAAACCACAUCUGCAAUGGACACCAUAACAGGUAACCAGGCCAAGACUGUGAUAAAUACCACAACAGCAAGCCAAACCACAACUGUAAUAGAUACCACAACAGCAGGCCAGAUCACAUCUGUGAUAGGUAACACAACACCUGAACAGACCACUCUUAUGAUGGAUACCACAACAGUAGACAAAACCACAUCUGCAAUGGAUACCAUAACAGGCAACCAAAGCACGACUGUGAUACAUACCACAACAGCUGGUCAAACCGCAACUGUGAUGGAUACCAAAUCAGGUGACCAGGCCACAUUUGUAGUAGCUACUACUGCAAGUGACAGAACCACGACUAUAAUGGAUCCUACAGCAGGUGACCAGGCCACAACUAUGAAAGAUACCACAACAGGUGACCUGGUCACAACUGUAAAAGAUACAACAACAGGUGACAAGGCCACAACAGUGAUAAAUACCACAACAGUUGACAGAACCACAUCUAGGAUCAAUACCACAACAGGUAAAAAUUCUACGACUGUGAUACACACCACAACAGCUGGCCAGAACACAAAUGUAAUACCUACCACAACAGAUGACAGGACCACCUCUGUAAUGGAUACCACAACAUGGGAGAAGACCACAUCUGCAAUGGAUACCAAAACAGCUGACCAGACCACAAAUAUGAUGGAUGUCACCACAUCUGGCCAGACCACAACUGUAAUCGAUACCACAACAGGCAACCAAACCACAACAACUGGCCAGACCACAAUUGUAAUACCUGCCACAACAGAUGAGAGGACUACCACUGUAAUGCAUGCCAAAACACGGAAGACCACAUCUGUGAUGACUACAACAACAGCUGACCAGACCACAAAUGUGAUGAAUACCACCACAGCUGACCAGGCCACAGCUGUGAUCAAUACUACAACAUGCAACCAAACCACAACUGUAAUACAUACCACAACAGCUGGCCAGACCACAACUGUGAUAGACACCACAACAGCUGAUCAAACCAAAACAAUGAUAGAUAUCACAACAGCUGGACAGACCACAACUCUGAUAAAUGCACCAACAGGUGACCAGACCACAUCUGUAAUGCCUACUACUGCAGGUAACAGGACCACGACUACGAUGGACCCCUCAGCAGAUGACCAGGACACAACUGUGAUGGAUACCAAAACAGAUAACCAAACUGCAAAUGUUAUGGAUAACACAACAGCUGACCAGAACACAUCUGUAAUGGCUACCAGUGCAGGUGUCAGGACCACGACUGCAAUGGAUGCCACAACACUUGACCAAACCACAAAUAUGAUGGAUAACACAACAGCUGACCUGAACACAUCUGUAAUGGUUACCAGUGCAGGUGACAGGACCACGACUGCAACAGAUGCCACAACAGGGGAGAAGACAGCAUUUGUGAUGGAUACCAUAACAGCUGACCAGAACACAUCUGUAAUGGCUACCAGUGCAGGUGACAGGACCACGACUGUAAAACAUGCCACAACAGGGGAGAAAACGACAUCUGUAAUGGACACCACAACAGCUGACCAGACCACAACCAUUAUGGAUGCCACCACAGCUGACCAGACCACAACUGCAAUACCUACCACAACAGGCAACCAAACCACAACUGUGAUAGAUACAACAACAGCUGGCAACACCACAACUCUGAUCGAUACAACAACUGCCAAACAAAGCACAACUGUCAUUCAUACCACAACAGCAGGUCAUGCCACAACUAUGAUAGGUAACACAACACCUGAACAGACCACUCCAAUGAUGGAUACCACAACAGUACACAAAACCACAUCUGCAAUGGACACCAUAACAGGUAACCAAACCAAGACUGUGAAAAAUACCACAACAGCAGGCCAAACCACAACUGUAAUAGAUACAACAACAGCAGGCCAGAUCACAUCUGUGAUAGGUAACACAACACCUGAACAGACCACUCUAAUGAUAGAUACCACAACAGUAGAAAAAACCACAUCUGCAAUGGAUACCAUAACAGGCAACAAAAGCACGACUGUGAUACAUACCACAACAGCUGGUCAAACCGCAACUGUGAUGGAUACCACAUCAGGUGACCAGGCCACAUCUAUAGUAGCUACUACUGCAAGUGACAGAACCACGACUAUGAUGGAUCCUACAGCAGGUGACCAGGCCACAACUAUGAAAGAUACCACAACAGGUGACCAGGUCACAGCUGUAAUAGAUACAACAACAGGUGACCAGGCCACAACAGUGAUAAAUACCAAAACAGUUGACACAACCACAUCUAGGUUCUAUACCACAACAGGUAACAAUACCACGACUGUGAUAGACACCAAAACACCUGGCCAGACCACAACUGUCAUACCUACCACAACAUAUGACAGGACCACCACUGUAAUGGAUAUCAUAACUGUAAUAGACAACACAACACCUCAACAGACCACUCCAAUCAUGGAUAUUACAACAGUAGACAAAACAACAUCUGUAAUGGAUACCAUAACAGGUGACCAGGCCACAACAGUGAUGAAUACCACAACAGGAGAGAACACCACAUCUGUGACCACAGCAAGUGACAAGACUACAACCAUGAUGGAUGCCACAACAGGUGACCUGGUCACAAAUGUAAUGGAUACCACAACAGGUUACCAGGCCACAACAGUGAUGAAUACCACAACAGUUGACAGAACCACAUCUAAGAUCGAUACCACAGCACGUAAAAAUUCUACGAAUUUGAUACACACCACAACAGCUGGCCAGAACACAAAUGUAAUACCUACCACAACAGAUGACAGGACCACCUCUGUAAUGGAUACUACAACAUGGGAGAAGAACACAUCUGCAAUGGAUACCAAAAAAGCUGAUCAGACCACAAAUAUGAUGGAUGUCACCAUAGCUGGACAGACCACAACUGUAAUCCAUACCACAACAGGCAACCAAACCACAACAACUGGCCAGACCACAAUUGUCAUACCUGCCACAACAAAUGAGAGGACUACCACUGUAAUGCAUACCAAAACAUGGGAGAAGACCACAUCUGUGUUGACUACAACAACAGCUGACCAGACCACAAAUGUGAUGAAUACCACCACAGCUGACCAGGCCACAGCUGUGAUCGAUACUACAACAGGCAACCAAACCACAACUGCAACACAUACCACAACAGCUGGCCAGACCACAAGUGUGAUAAAUACCAUAACAGGGGACAAAACCAAAAAAAUGAUAGAUAUCACAACAGCUGCACAGACCACAACUGUGAUAAAUGCACCAACAGGUGACCAGACCACAUCUGUAAUGCCUACUACUGCAGGUAACAGGACCACGACUACGAUGGACCCCUCAGCAGGUGACCAGGCCACAACUGUGAUGGAUACCAAAACAGAUAACCAAACUGCAAAUGUUAUGGAUAACACAACAGCUGACAAGAACACAUCUGUAAUGACUACCAGUGCAGGUGUCAGGACAACGACUGCAAUGGAUGCCACAACACUUGACCAAACCACAAAUAUGAUGGAUAACACAACAGCUGACCUGAACACAUCUGUAAUGGCUACCAGUGCAGGUGUCAGGACCACGACUGCAAUGGAUGCCACAACACUUGACCAAACCACAAAUAUGAUGGAUAACACAACAGCUGACCAGAACACAUCUGUAAUGGCUACCAAUGCAGGUGACAGGACCACGACUGCAACAGAUGCCACAACAGGAGAGAAGACCGCAUCUGUGAUGGAUACCGCAACAGCUGACCAGAACACAUCUGUAAUGGCUACCAGUGCAUGUGACAGGAACACGACUGUAAAACAUGCCACAACAGGGGAGAAAACGACACCUGUAAUGGACACCACAACAGCUGACCAGACCACAACCAUUAUGGAUGCCACCACAGCUGACCAGACCACAACUGUAAUACCUACCACAACAGGCAACCAAACAACAACUGUGAUAGAUACAACAACAGUUGGCAACACCACAACUCUGAUCGAUACAACAAUUGCCAAACAAAGCACAACUGUCAUUCAUACCACAACAGCAGGUCAUACCACAACUAUGAUAGGUAACACAACACCUGAACAGACCACUCCAAUGAUGGAUACCACAACAGUACACAAAACCACAUCUGCAAUGGACACCAUAACAGGUAACCAAACCAAGACUAUGAUAAAUACCACAACAGCAGGCCAAACCACAACUGUAAUUGAUACCACAACAGCAGGCCAGAUCACAUCUGUGAUAGGUAACACAACACCUGAACAGACCACUCUAAUGAUAGAUACCACAACAGUAGACAAAACCACAUCUGCAAUGGAUACCAUAACAGGCAACAAAAGCACGACUGUGAUACAUACCACAACAGCUGGUCAAACCGCAACUGUGAUGGAUACCACAUCAGGUGACCAGACCACAUCUAUAGUAGCUACUACUGCAAGUGACAGAACCACGACUAUGAAGGACCCUACAGCAGGUGACCAGGCCACAACUAUGAAAGAUACCACAACAGGUGACCAGGUCACAACUGUAAUAGAUACAACAACAGGUGACCAGGCCACAACAGUGAUAAAUACCACAACAGUUGACACAGCCACAUCUAGGUUCAAUACCACAACAGGUAACAAUACGACUUUGAUAGACACCAAAACACCUGGCCAGACCACAACUGUCAUACCUACCACAACAUAUGACAGGACCACCACUGUAAUGGAUAUCAUAACUGUAAUAGACAACACAACACCUCAACAGACCACUCCAAUCAUGGAUAUUACAACAGUAGACAAAACAACAUCUGUAAUGGAUACCAUAACAGGUGACCAGGCCACAACAGUGAUGAAUACCACCACAGGAAAGAACACCACAUCUGUGACCACAGCAAGUGACAAGACUACAACCAUGAUGGAUGCCACAACAGGUGACCUGGUCACAAAUGUAAUGGAUACCACAACAGGUUACCAGGCCACAACAGCGAUGAAUACCACAACAGUUGACAGAACCACAUCUAAGAUCGAUACCACAACAGGUAAAAAUUCUACGACUGUGAUACACACCACAACAGCAGGCCAGAACACAAAUGUAACACCUACCACAACAGAUGACAGGACUACCUCUGUAAUGGAUACCACAACAUGGGAGAAGACCACAUCUGCAAUGGAUACCAAAACACGGGAGAAGACCACAUCUGUGUUGACUACAACAACAGCUGACCAGACCACAAAUGUGAUGAAUACCACCACAGCUGACCAGGCCACAGCUGUGAUCGAUACUACAACAGGCAACCAAACCACAACUGUAACACAUACCACAACAGCUGGCCAGACCACAACUGUGAUAGAUACCAUAACAGGGGACAAAACCAAAAAAAUGAUAGAUAUCACAACAGCUGGACAGACCACAACUGUGACGAAUACUACAACAGUUGACCAGACCACAUCUGUAAUGCCUACUACUCCAGGUAACAGGACCACGACUAAUAUGGACCCCUCAGCAGGUGACCAGGCCACAACUGUGAUGGAUACCAAAACAGAUAACCAAACUGCAAAUGUUAUGGAUAACACAACAGCUGACCAGAACACAUCUGUAAUGGCUACCAGUGCAGGUGUCAGGACCACGACUGCAAUGGAUGCCACAACACUUGACCAAACCACAAAUAUAAUGGAUAACACAACAGCUGACCUGAACACAUCUGUAAUGGCUACCAGUGCUGGUGUCAGGACCACGACUGCAACAGAUGCCACAACAGGGGAGAAGACCGCAUCUGUGAUGGAUACCACAACAGCUGACCAGAACACAUCUGUAAUGGUUACCAGUGCAGGUGACAGGACCACGACUGUAAUAGAUGCCACAACAGGGGAGAAAACGACAUCUGUGAUGGAUACCACAACAGCUGACCACAACACAUCUGUAAUGGCUACCAGUGCAGGUGACAGGACCACGACUGUAAAACAUGCCACAACAGGGGAGAAAACGACAUCUGUAAUGGACACCACAACAGCUGACCAGACUACAACCAUUAUGGAUGCCACCACAGCUGACCAGACCACAACUGUAAUACCUACCACAACAGGCAACCAAACCACAACUGUGAUAGAUACAACAACAGCUGGCAACACCACAACUCUGAUCGAUACAACAACUGCUAAACAAAGCACAACUGUCAUUCAUACCACAACAGCAGGUCAUACCACAACUAUGAUAGGUAACACAACACCUGAACAGACCACUCCAAUGAUGGAUACCACAACAGUACACAAAACCACAUCUGCAAUGGUUACCAUAACAGGUAACCAAACCAAGACUGUAAUAAAUACCACAACAGCAGACCAAACCACAACUGUAAUAGAUACCACAACAGCAGGCCAGAUCACAUCUGUGAUAGGUAACACAACACCUGAACAGACCACUAUAAUGAUGGAUACCACAACAGUAGACAAAACCGCAUCUGCAAUGGAUACCAUAACAGGCAACAAAAGCACUACUGUGAUACAUACCACAACAGCUGGUCAAACCGCAACUGUGAUGGAUACCACAUCAGGUGACCAGACCACAUCUGUAGUAGCUACUACUGCAAGUGAUAGAAUCACGACUAUGAUGAAUCCUACAGCAGGUGACCAGGCCACAACUAUGAAAGAUACCACAACAGGUGACCAGGUCACAACUAUAAUAGAUACAACAACAGGUGACCAGGCCACAACAGUGAUAAAUACCACAACAGUUGACACAACCACAUCUAGGUUCAAUACCACAACAGGUAACAAUACCACGACUUUGAUAGACACCAAAACACCUGGCCAGACCACAACUGUCAUACCUACCGGAACAUAUGACAGGACCACCACUGUAAUGGAUAUCAUAACUGUAAUAGACAACACAACACCUCAACAGACCACUCCAAUCAUGGAUAUUACAACAGUAGACAAAACAACAUCUGUAAUGGAUACCAUAACAGGUGACCAGGCCAAAAAAGUGAUGAAUACCACAAGAGGGGAGAACACCACAUCUGUGACCAUAGCAAGUGACAAGACUACAACCAUGAUGGAUGCCACAACAGGUGACCUGGUCACAAAUGUAAUGGAUACCACAAUAGGUGACCAGGCAACAACAGUGAUGAAUACCACAACAGUUGACAGAACCACAUAUAGGAUUGAUACCACAACAGGUAAAAAUUCUACGACUGUGAUACACACCACAACAGCUGGCCAGAACACAAAUGUAAUACCUACCACAACAGAUGAUAGGACCACCUCUGUAAUGGAUACCACAACAUGGGAGAAGACCACAUCUGCAUUGCAUACCAAAACAGCUGACCAGACCACAAAUGUGAUGGAUGUCACCACAUCUGGCCAGACCACAACUGUAAUCGAUACCACAACAGGCAACCAAACCACAACAACUGGCCAGACCACAAUUGUAAUACCUGCCACAACAGCUGAGAGAACUACCACUGUAAUGCACACCAAAACAAGGGAGAAAACCACAUCUGUGAUGACUACAACAACAGCUGACCAGACCACAAAUGUGAUGAAUACCACCACAGCUGACCAGGCCAAAGCUGUGAUCGAUACUACAACAGGCAACCAAACCACAACUGUAACACAUACCACAACAGCUGGCCAGACCACAACUGUGAUAGAUACCACAACAGGUGACCAAACCAAAACAAUGAUAGAUAUCACAACAGCUGGACAGACCACAACUCUGAUAAAUGCACCAACAGGUGACCAGACCACAUCUGUAAUGCCUACUACUGCAGGUAACUGGACCAAGACUACCAUGGACCCCUCAGCAGGUGACCAGGCCACAACUGUGAUGAACACCAAAACAGAUACCCAAACCGCAAAUGUUAUGGAUAACACAACAGCUGACCAGAACACAUCUGUAAUGGCUACCAGUGCAGGUGUCAGGACCACGACUGCAAUGGAUGCCACAACACUUGACCAACCCACAAAUAUGAUGGAUAACACAACAGCUGACCUGAACACAUCUGUAAUGGCUACCAGUGCAGGUGACAGGACCACGACUGCAACAGAUGCCACAACAGGAGAGAAGACCGCAUCUGUGAUGGAUACCACAACAGCUGACCAGAACACAUCUGUAAUGGCUACCAGCGCAUGUGACAGGACCACGACUGCAACGGAUGCCACAACAGGGGAGAAAAUGACAUCUGUAAUGGACACCACAACAGCUGACCAGACCACAACCAUUAUGGAUGCCACCACAGCUGACCAGACCACAACUGUAAUACCUACCACAACAGGCAACCAAACCACAACUGUGAUAGAUACCACAACAGUUAGCAACACCACAACUCUGAUCGAUACAACAAUUUCCAAACAAAGCACAACUGUCAUUCAUACCACAACAGCAGGUCAUACCACAACUAUGAUAGGUAACACAACACCUGAACAGACCACUCCAAUGAUGGAUACCACAACAGUACACAAAACCACAUCUGCAAUGGACACCAUAACAGGUGACCAGGCCACAUCUAUAGUAGCUACUAGUGCAAGUGACAGAACCACGACUAUGAAGGACCCUACAGCAGGUGACCAGGCCACAACUAUGAAAGAUACCACAACAGGUGACCAGGUCACUACUGUAAUAGAUACAACAACAGGUGACCAGGCCACAACAGUGAUAAAUACCCAAAACAGUUGA